AUGGACCUCAAUCUGCUCAAAUCGUGGAACCCGCAGCUCCAGAAGAACCGCAAAAAGGUCUACGAGGCACAACAGGAGCUGCUCAAAAGCGCCCGCAAGCCGGCGGAUGAUGGCACAUCGGGCGGAGGACUGGACUGGAUGUACGAAGGCCAGCCAGCUCCGCAGCGCAAGGUGCGCAAGAGACGCACGCGGACGCGCAAACCCAAACAGGUGCCAAAGGACGCGCAGGGGAAGCUACAGGAAAGCCUGCAAACCGCACGCUCGGACGCACCUGAGGGUACUUGCAGCCCCGAUGAGACUGCAGCGGCGCGCGGUGGCCAACAAGGCGCCCCUGUCGAGGUCUCUGCAAAGUCCCCCGCGAAGGCCGUUGCCGAGGCGCGCGGAGGACCUGGUUCCUCCGGAGUGCAUGGCGAAUGA